GCAGGCAGUUCAGUCCUCCCUUCAGUUCUUUAACACUCCAAAGGCCACACUCCAAAUCCGAAAACCAUAUCAAAGAUUUCCUUUCAAAAUUUUCCCUCGUCCGUUCCACCAUCCGCCAUGGAAACCACCCCGGGCUUCGACACCUCCCCGACCGAGAAACCGGCCGCCACGCCGAUCAGGCUCAACCACUGGAGGAUCGUCGCAAACGUAUUCCGCGCCCUCGAACUCUUCCUCGCUCUGCUCCUUAUCCUCUGGAUAUACGCUCGGCUGCCUCUCGCCCUACGCAUUUCCUUCCAUUACUUCCGGUCAGCCUUGACCUUCGCUUCGAGGCCGGUGGUCGUUUUCGUACUCAGCAACGCCAUCAUCAUCGCCGUGGUGGCCAAGUCCGGCCGGUUAUUCGCUCAUAACUCGAACGCCGCGGUUGACGGGUUCUACGACGAGAUCGUCAAACUGAACGAGAACGGGCCGCGGUCGCGACUCACAUUGGACGACGACGGGGAGGAGGAGGUGGUGUACCAGGACAAGGAGGUGAUCGUCAGCGAAGCCAACGCUCUCGCUCCGGCGGCGUGUGUAGAGCACGAGAGUGAUUUCGCAAACUCCGACUAUGACUCGGAAGAAAUGGAGCAUCCGAAAGCGUAUUUCAGGAGGACGCGGUCGGGGAAGUUUUCCAAGAGAAGGAAGUGGCCGGGGGAGGAGGGGGCCAAGGCACUACGGCGGUCGGAGACAGAGAAGUGCCGACUGGGGCCAAUCUCCGGCGGGGAAUUGCAGGAGAUUAUCGAGCCGGAGGACGAACUGAGCAGCGAGGAGUUCCAGAGGAAGAUCGAAGGCUUCAUUGCGAAGGAGUUGAAGUUCCGGCGGGAGGAGUCGGUGGCGAUUGUUCUUCAUAGCCACCGAUUAUGAGACGGCGAAAGGUCUUUGAAUAACUGUUCACGAUUUAGAAUUAUUAGAGAAAAAAAAAAGAAGUCUUCUAAAUUUCCAAAUCGGAAGUGUCAUUUCAUUUCAUUUUUCUCUUUUUUCUUUUCUUGGGUCAUAUGGAAGAAAUUAAUGGGUAGCAUGGUGAUGGUUCUAUCAAUGUACAGUUUUUUAACCUAGUGAGAGACAAACCUUGAUGUUAAUGAACAGCACGACGGUUUUGGACA